AAACCGCAUGCAGCCGCAUGUGUAACCUCUUUUUCUAAAAACGGAAUAUUUUUUGAAGGAUUGCAAAGUCCUUUACACAUCUGACUUACCGAUUGAGGGGAGGGUGAUCCUUCCACAUUCGCAGUUCCAACGAGACGUCGCCCUCUCCGUAUUGUUUGUCUAAUUGUUUGACAACAACUUUUUUCAACAAAGCAACUAUUUACCAAUGCUGAAAUUGACGUUUAACAGUUGACUUGCUUCAGAAUUGUUCUGUUAUCGUCACCUUACCGGUAGAUCAUCUACAAGAAUUUUGACCGCAAUCCUUUUUGUCUAUUUAUUUUCUCCUAUCCAUCUUCACAGCGAUGCUGUUCACUUGGUGAGCAAAGAAAAUCAACACUUAAGCGGAGCGACGUACGUGUUGACCAUCUUCUCUCGAAGAUGUAAACUUUCUUUGUGAACUGCGAUUGUGAUUUUCUGGCACCAAGCAAUCAGUUAAAUAUGCCACACCAGUUUGGGCUGCCCGCGAUGGCCCACGGCAUGCAGUCCCCACCUUCUCCGACAGCUGUUACUUCUGCCUAUCCGAGGUUUGCCUCUUCGGGCGUCUACAGAUCCGAGGCCGACCAACGUCUUACUCGUGAGGCUAUGGAACGCUAUCUACGUGACAGAAGUGAUAUGGUUAUUGUGAUCUUACAUGCCAAAGUAGCCCAAAAAUCUUACGGCAAUGAAAAACGAUUCUUCUGUCCACCGCCUUGCAUAUAUUUAUUUGGAGAUGGAUGGAGGAUGCGUCAAGAACAAAUGCUGCGGGAUGGGGAGUCCGAGCAGUCCGCACAGCUUUGCGCGUUCAUUGGUAUUGGGAAUUCCGACCAGGACAUGCAGCAACUGGAUCUCAAUAACGGAAAGCAGUAUUGCGCCGCUAAAACGUUAUAUAUUUCUGACUCUGACAAGAGAAAGCACUUCAUGCUCUCUGUCAAAAUGUUCUAUGGCAGUGGUCAUGACAUAGGUGUCUUUCACAGCAAGAGGAUAAAAGUUAUAUCAAAACCCUCCAAGAAAAAGCAAUCUCUGAAGAACGCUGAUCUCUGCAUUGCCAGCGGUACCAAGGUUGCUCUUUUUAAUCGCCUUAGGUCUCAAACCGUCAGUACUAGAUACCUUCAUGUAGAAAAUGGUAACUUUCAUGCAAGUUCUACGCAAUGGGGUGCUUUCACGAUACACUUACUUGAUGACAAUGAGAGUGAGUCUGAGGAGUUUCAGGUCCGUGAUGGAUAUGUCCAUUACGGUAGCACUGUGAAGUUGGUCUGCUCCGUCACCGGUAUGGCUCUUCCUCGUUUAGUAAUACGAAAAGUGGACAAGCAGAUGGCAAGUCUGGAAGCGGAUGACCCAGUUUCCCAACUGCAUAAAUGCGCAUUUUACAUGAAGGAUACAGAUCACAUGUACCUUUGCCUCUCCCAGGAGCGAAUAAUUCAAUUCCAAGCAACUCCUUGCCCUAAAGAAGCGAAUAAGGAGAUGAUAAACGAUGGUGCGUGUUGGACGAUAAUAAGUACCGAUAAAGCCGAGUAUCAAUUUUUUGAGGGGAUGGGUCCAGUCCGUUCCCCAGUGACUCCAGUCCCCCUAGUUCACAGUUUACAUUUAAACGGUGGUGGCGAUGUAGCAAUGCUCGAACUUACCGGAGACAAUUUCACACCAAAUUUACAAGUUUGGUUCGGUGAUGUAGAGGCAGAGACUAUGUACAGGUGUCAAGAAAGUAUGCUUUGCGUAGUCCCAGAUAUAUCUCUAUUUAGAGGCGAGUGGCUUUGGGUGAGACAGCCCACACAGGUCCCUGUAUCACUUGUCAGGAACGACGGUAUCAUAUAUGCCACAGGAUUGACAUUCACCUAUACCCCCGAGCCAGGACCUCGUCCACAUUGCCCCCCAGCAGACGAAAUAAUGAGAGCUCCAAGAUCGAUGCACGAUCCAAGUUUGCCACCUGCGAUUGCUGAUGUCCCAUGGAGUGCGCAUCAUCAACAGCCACAGUCAGGACUCUGAUGUUUCGGAUAGUACCAAAGUAUGGGUUAAUCGGUUUUAAUUAACGUCAAAAUAAUAAUAUUGCAAAUGAUUACUUUCAAGAUUGCUUGUUUAAAGUGUGACGUUAAAGAAACUAGACACUACUAAAUUGUAGGAAUGAAUAAUUAUUACUGUGGAUUUUUACGGUACAGGUCAACAAUGACCCGCUAUAAACACCUCAUGAAUAUGGUGUGAUAAUAAAAUUAUGACUACGGCGUUUAUCAUAGCAUUUAAGUUGUUAAUUCGAGUCUUGUCUCUGAUUUGUUUUUGUUUUUUCAUCAUGUAUAAAACAAAUAACAACGUUUUGGCGGAUUGAUUUUCACAAAAAAAUGACCAUUUUUACGGUUCCAUGUUUAGAAAAAAAUGGGUGGUAAAUGAAAAAUGAACAAAAAAAAAAAUGGAAAAAAUAUAGAAAUGACAGAAAUCCGGGACGAUAUAUCAUAUUUGUAUACUUUCCUGAGAAUUUACAACAUAUUGUAGAUAUAUUCGCGUAAUUAACUGCAUUAUUUAUAAUGUAAUAUUACAAUGUUAAAAUACAAAUAAUAUUUCAGUA